AUGGUGAUUAAGGGCACCGUUGAAGAGCGAAUUGUUGCUCUGCAGGAUCGCAAGCGUGAACUCGCCAACGCCACAAUCGAGGGCAAGACUGGUGCUGGAAAGCUCACCAUGCGUGAUAUGAUGGCUCUCUUUGGUCGUGACGCGGAGAAUAAUUUCACCGAUGAUCAAGACAAACUGGAUUUCAAGCCUGCCCGACUACUGAGCGCUGCAGACGAGCCCGACUAUGUCGCGCCUCAAAGCUCAUCUCAGUCUGAUUCGCGCAGCCGCGGCCGCGAGCCCCCAAUCAAAAACUCGCGUAAUGAACACUCCGUCUACGGCCGACGAUGGUAA